GGCGCCGUGGCGGGGCUGGCUGCCGUGGUGGGCUUCCUCAUCGUCUUCACCGUGGUGGGCAACGUGCUGGUGGUGAUCGCUGUGCUGACCAGCCGGGCGCUGCGUGCGCCGCAGAACCUCUUCCUGGUGUCGCUGGCCUCGGCCGACAUCCUGGUGGCUACGCUGGUGAUGCCCUUCUCGCUGGCCAACGAGCUCAUGGCCUACUGGUACUUCGGGCAGGUGUGGUGCGGCGUGUACCUGGCGCUCGACGUGCUCUUCUGCACCUCGUCCAUCGUGCACCUGUGCGCCAUCAGCCUGGACCGCUACUGGUCGGUGACGCAGGCCGUCGAGUACAACCUGAAGCGCACACCGCGCCGCGUCAAGGCGACCAUCGUGGCCGUGUGGCUCAUCUCGGCUGUCAUCUCCUUCCCACCGCUUGUCUCGCUCUACCGCCAGCCCGACAGUGCCGCCUACCCGCAGUGCGGCCUCAACGACGAGACGUGGUACAUCUUGUCCUCCUGCAUCGGCUCCUUCUUCGCGCCCUGCCUCAUCAUGGGCCUGGUCUACGCGCGUAUCUACCGCGUGGCCAAGCUGCGCACGCGCACGCUCAGCGAGAAGCGCGCGCCCGCGGGCCCCGACGGUGCGUCCCCAACCACAGAGAACGGGCUGGGUGCGGCAGCGGGCGCGGGCGAGAACGGGCNGAGGGGGGCGCAGGCGGCGGCCGGGACGGGUGGCGCCGACGUGCCGGGGCCCGGGCCAGGGGCGACCGAUUCGGGUGCGCUGGCUGCCGCGAGGUCCCCGGGUCCUGGCGGGCGCCUGUCGCGCGCCAGCUCGCGCUCCGUCGAAUUCUUUUUGUCGCGCCGCCGCCGGGCGCGCAGCAGCGUGUGCCGCCGCAAGGUGGCCCAGGCGCGCGAGAAGCGCUUCACCUUCGUGCUGGCCGUGGUCAUGGGCGUGUUCGUGCUCUGCUGGUUCCCCUUCUUCUUCAGCUACAGCCUGUACGGUAUCUGCCGCGAGGCCUGCCAGGUGCCCGACCCGCUGUUCAAGUUCUUUUUCUGGAUCGGCUACUGCAACAGCUCGCUCAACCCGGUCAUCUACACCGUCUUUAACCAGGACUUCCGGCGUUCCUUUAAGCACAUCCUCUUCCGACGGAGGAGAAGGGGCUUCAGGCAGUGAGCUGCGCGCCCGGCCCCGCGCAGACCCUGGACAGCUCUAGGCGGCGGCAUGGGAAGGCUUCGCCCCCCAGGAGAAAGCGGGCGGCAGCUUUCCCAGAGACCCAGGGAUGGAUUGGCCUCCAGGGCGUAGGGGAGGGUAUGGCAAGGCAGGAGUGUGGGCUGAGAGACAGCAGGGCCCCCUGGGGAGGCGGGGAGGAGAGAGGGGUGAUCCCUCUGCCUUCCCAUCUCAGCGAAGGGCUGCUUCUGGGCUUUCAGGCCCGGAUCUGGCGCUGGGGGCCCCUGCAGAGGUGCAGCUGUGAGAAAGCAGAAGUGAACGCAACCUCCCAAACGGCGAGAAAGGAGCCCCCCCCCCACACCACUACCCAGAUCCACCUCUGAGCAAGGGCUGACUUCCCCAGGACCUAGUGGGGGCGGCUGUCUUGGGGGAGGAAAGAGGCACUGACAAUCUUUGGUUAUUGAAAGUAUUUAAAUGUUUGCCAAAAAUGACAGCCAAAACAACCAAACUAUUUUCUAAAUAAACCUUUGUAAUCUAA